AUGGUAAAUCCACUACGAAAGAGAACGCCGGCCGACCUCAAGGACCAGACUACCAACACUGAUGGUCAUGCCAACGCCAGCGCCAACGACCAUGGUGCUACUGCCAUCAAUGGCAAGGACAACAACAACAACAACAACGACAGCGACGAGAGUCAAGAGAGUAUUGCCAGCCUGAAGAGCGCCAACACCAACGUGCCUCCACCGAUGUACAAGGCCAUCCGCUUCUUCUUCCAGAUCUGCCUCCACUCCUUCUAUGGCACCGUCGAGGUCGAGGGCACCGAGAACAUUGCCCCCGACAACUACCCCGCGAUACUCGUGGCGAACCAUAGCAACAGUCUGACAGACGCAAUUGCCAUCCUCUCGACAGUACCACCCAAGAGCAGGAGCAUGAUCCGGUUGACCGCCAAGGACACCUUCUGGCACAAGCCUGGAGUCUUCAACUAUGUCAUUAAGAACGCUGGAACUAUCCCCAUCAAACGACGAAAGGACUAUGAUAACCAAAAAGUGGACAAUGCGAAUACGAUGAGUGCUUUGAUCGAUAGUCUGGGAACCGGAAGCUGUGUGUGCAUGUUCCCUGAAGGCAUCUCUCGUUACCAUCCUCAGCUUGCACCCUUCAAGGCUGGAGUGGCCAUGAUUGCCAGCGAUACUCUCGCCCAGUUUAGGGACCAGCCAGACUUUUCGUUGACAUUGAUGACGACGUCGAUCAACUACUUGCACCGCGAAAAGUUCCGCUCAGAUGUGCUUGUGACAUUCCACCCUCCAAUUGUGCUGACACCUCAACAGGAUCCCAUGCUGUUCUCGACCGUCAAGGAGGAGCGGACAGAGGCGAUCACGAAACUGACAGAGUUGCUCGAGUCCACCGUCAGAUCGAACUUGUUGGAUGCUGACGACUGGCAGACUGUACGCGUGGGUCAUGUGGCUCGUAAGCUGUACGCUGGCGAUUUAGGCACGCGGAUCUCACUUGGACAGUAUGUCCGUUUGACCCAGAAAUUUGUCUCUGCCUUUGGACAGCACAAGCAGGAGUCUUUGAAGGGAAAGCUGGAUGAGGAGCAGAGGAAGCAGGAGAACAGUGGCAGUGAUGGAGAGAACAGCGAUUCUUCGGAGAUGCAGCGGCCCGUCAGGUUGAAUGCCGAUACAGCUCGCAAGAUGGAUGAGCUUGCCACCGAUCUUGCCGAAUACCAAGAUCAGCUGGACUUUUACCACCUCAAGGAUUAUCGCAUUAAGCAGGGCAAGCCUCCAGUCAAGGUGCUUCUGGGCAAGCUGUUCCAGCGGUUCUUGUUGGCUUGCUUGUUGUCAACUAUCUGCAUCCCUGGACUCAUCCUCUGGGGGCCCGUAUUUAUUGCCGUCAAGUACCAGGAGAGACGGAUUCGUAGGAAGGGACCUUUGGAGGACAACUUGGAUGAGAUUGCUCAGUACAAGUUGAUGAUUUCGGCAUUCUUCUUGCCUAUUAUCUGGGGAUUCUGGGUCCUGAUGACCUUCCCCAUUGCUCUUUUUACCGGCCCUGGCAUUGUUGUCCUCAUGUGGCUUACGAUCAGAUGGUUGGAGGAUUUGAUCCAUAACGCCAAGUCAAUGCUGUCAUUGCUGCGAUUGGUGUUCAUGACUGAGGAUACGAUGUACUCGCUUCGGGAUUAUCGUCAGGAACUUGCAGGCCGUGUCCAUGAUUUUGCAGUUCAGUUCUUGAAAUUGCCCGAGGACCCUGAGGAGCUGGUCAAGGAGAACAAGACCAAAAAGGCUGACAGUGGGUGGAUGGGCAUGCUUUCGGGAAGUUACUUUUCGAUCAAGCGCCGGAGAAGAAAGGACUGGAAUGAGGUUAUGCGUCUCCAUGAUGUCUCUCGCUACGAUUAG